AUGUUCCUCGCCGGCGCCAACAUCGCGCACAGCGUGGCGGCGCGCGUCGUCGCCGACGGUGAAGAAGGCAUCAGCAUCGAGGGCAUGGUCCUUCUGCAGCCCUUCUUCUGGGGUCCCGAGCGGCUGCCGUCCGAAACGGACCGCCACGACGGGCCGGUGUUCUCGCCGGAGUUUGUGGACACCCUCUGGCCCUUCCUGACGGGUGGUGCCGCCGGCAACGACGACCCCCGCAUCAACCCGCCGGCCAUGCAGGUCGCGUCGCUGCCGUGCAGGCGCGCGCUCGUCGCCGUGGCCGCGAAGGACGUGGUGCGGGACCGCGGGUGCCGGUACGCGCGGCGUGGCUGCGCCGCGGCGAGAGGUGCUGCUGCCGCGAGGUGA